GACGACAUUUCUGCUUGCACUCUUCUUGCUACCAUGGGGACUGCUCCUGCAACUACCAUCCUCAUGGCCCUUCUCCUUCCUUCGGUGCUUCUCCAAUCAGUGACUGGAGCAGAGAAGACCUUCAACGUUCUGAGCUAUGGUGCCAAGGCCGAUGCAGUGACCGACGACAGUCCUGCGUUUCUCAAGGCGUGGUCGGCCAUGUGUGCUGCUGCAACAAGUUCUGCAACCACAAUGUAUGUGCCGAGCGGGCAGUACCUGCUGCACCCGACUCUCUUCUCCGGUCCCUGUGUAAAUGGCAACAUCACAGUCAAAAUCGACGGCUACCUGGUUGCUUCUUCCAACUACACUCUGUAUGGAGCUAAGGGUUACUGGCUGAAGUUCGACCGGGUGAAGGGGCUGACAAUCCAAGGCGGAUAUCUCCACGGCAAGGGCUCGGCGUUGUGGGCUUGCAAGGCAGGCUCAGGGACAUGCCCAUCCGGUGCAACGUCCCUCCUCUUCAACAAUGUGGAAGAUGUUCUGUUAACAAGCCUCACCUCAGUUGACAGUGAGCUUUAUCACAUUGUCAUCGACUCAUCUAGUAAUGUACAAGUAGAUGCAGUGAAGGUCAACGCCUCUGGAUCAAGCCCGAACACGGAUGGCAUACACGUGGAGGAAUCGACGGGUGUGAAGAUCACGAACACUGUUAUAAAGACUGGAGAUGAUUGCAUAUCCAUUGGUCCGGGAACUCAAAACCUGUGGAUAGAGAAAGUGACGUGCGGUCCAGGACAUGGGAUAAGUAUUGGAAGCCUCGGAAAGUCUGCAGAUGAAGCUGGGGUACAAAAUGUCACAGUGAAAAAUGUCGCUUUCUCAGGGUCCACGAAUGGGCUGAGAAUAAAAUCGUGGGCAAGAAGCAGCAGUAGUUUUGCUAAAGGAAUAACGUAUGAUGGAGCCACCAUGGACGGUGUUAAUAAUCCCAUCAUCAUAGACCAGCACUAUUGUCCACACGACAUCGACUGCCCUGCGGAGAGCUCUGGAGUUCAGAUCUCAGACAUAACGUACAACAACAUAAAAGGGACAUCUGCAACACAAGCGGCGGUAACCUUUAAUUGCAGUUCAAGCACACCGUGCCAAGGGAUCAAGGUAUCAAAUGUGCAGCUAACAUACAUGAGCAAGCCUUCGAAGUCCUAUUGUGAAUAUGCAUAUGGGAGCGCAAGCACGGGCGUGGUUCCACCAAUAAAUUGUCUGCAAUAGUAUACUUGAGAAUGCAUAUAUACAACUCUACAGUAUUUAUCGUUGCUUCGUCUGUAAUGUUUAGUUGUCCACACCGUCAGAUCUAGUUUGUGUUUGUCUCGGGUCCAUCAAUCAAUGUUGUUGUGAAUAAUCUGUACAAUGGAAUUCUUUAAUGUAUUACAAAUAAAGAAUUG